UGAGAAUGGAAAUAAUCCUUUUACGAGAGGAUAGGGUCAAGGUUGUGACUAUAUAAAGAGAACUUAUACAGCAGGAAGAAAUCAUCCGAUCAAUAAGAAAGACGAGAGCAAUAAGAGAUAAAAGAGAUCAAGAGAGAGAGAUCUUGUGAAAGGAGGAGGACUUGUUGUGUCUGUUGUGAUUAGUUAAAAAAAAAAGAAGGUUUGGCAGGAUGAGGAUGAAGGCGAGGGCUGAAUACGCUACAGCUAAGAUAGCGGUGUGGUGGGACAUGAAGGACUGUCCGAUUCCGGAGGGUUAUGAAGCUGGUCGGAUCCGACAGAGUAUAGAAGGGGAGUUGAAGGAAAAAGGCUACUCUGGUCCAGUCUCCAUCACUGCAUAUGGCGACCAAACACAAACCCCAGUUCACAUCCUGCAAGGGCUCUUUUCCACUGGAGUCUCUGUAGCACAUACCAGAUCCGAAAGCACAAACCACCUCAUGUAUAGGGAUAUUGUGGAGUGGCGAGAUGAGAAUCCUCCUCCUGCUACAAUGAUGAUCAUAUCAGAUCAGGUGGUAAAUCACUUGUCUUGGGAUCUGGUCCGGCUACAACAACGGACGCUAUAUAACCUUUUUCUGGCUUAUUCAAUUAUGCCCGAAGCAUUUAUUAUCCUCUCCAGAAGUGAAGAGUGGUGCUGGAAAGAAUUGCUAAAGAUUAAACGAAGCGCACCACCUCUUGUUGUUGUUCAGGGUGCCAAGUUUUAUUGCAAAUCGUGCAAUUUCGAUUUUCAAAGCCCUAAGAAAUUCACCAAGCAUCUCUCAAGUUAUGAGCACGCACGGGAAGAGGCUGUAACCACAGCGUACAAGAAGGUCUUACGUGUAACGGAGGAUUGGGGAAGAAACUACAAGGCGACGCCUGAAUUUGCGACAGCUAAAAUACAGGUGUGGUGGGACAUGUUUGACUGUCCGAUACCCCAAGGUUAUGAUGCUUGUCUGGUCCGUCCGAGUAUAGAAGCGGCAUUCAAGGAAUUAGGUUACAAUGGUCCUGUCUCUAUCACUGCCUAUGGCGACCAUAAACAUACUCCCUUACAAGCUCUCUCUUCAACUGGUGUCCAUGUUGCACAUACCGUUCGCGGUGUCGAAUACACACACAUGUAUGAAGAUGUGAAGGACUGGCAUGAUGAUAAUCCUCCUCAAACAGCUGCUAUAAUGAUGGUCAUAUCGGAUAGUGUGGAGAUCAUUUCAACUGGUCUUGUCGACCUACUACAAGAGAAUAAUUACAACCUUUUUCUGGCUUAUUCGUUUAGGCCUUACAAAAUGUCAUACCUCCUUACUUCUGCGGAGUGGCUCUGGGAAAGCUUACUUGCUGCAGGUCCUCUUAAGAAGCACAGUCUUCUUCACAAGUGCUCCAGCACCGCAAUGUUUUAUUGCAAUUUGUGCUGCUUUGAUACCAAAAGAAUUGAUAAUUUCAGGGCACAUAUCCUAAGUGAUGAAAAACAUGCACAAGAAGAGAAAAGAAUUCCUGCCCAUCGUAACUCUACUAGUCAGUACAACAGGCGAUGCCGAGUAGCUGAGUACGAUCGACAUCAUUUGCUGGAUCCUCGACAUUCUGAAAUUGAUUGAAGCAGCAACGAGAUUUUGAGCUCAAACUGAUCUUGACACUGAAGAAAACAACCAAAAAAAUUGAAACUUUAUAGAUGAACAGCAGCUCUCUCAAGAAAGCUAAUACGUACGGUUUUGCUUCACCCUUUUAUAGACACGUGCUUCUUUGUACACAUGGGUACGGGUCUUUUAUCUUGAUUUGGAUCCGGUUCAAUAUCUGGAUUGCCUAGACCCAACAAGUUUUGCUUAGAGUCCAUCAUCAAGUUUGCAUUUUUUCUCAUUCACCCUUCUGAUGAGACCAUUAAACUGUUCUCUAUGCAUUUUAAAUCUUCCACUUUUUCUGUAUGCAUUUUUUCUUUCUUUUUUAAGUUAUGUCUGAACGACUGAACCAUUGCAUAUACAUUUUAUGGCUUGAUA